AUGAACUCACGAAUCAAGGAGGAUGUCAGCCGACUGUUUGAGUUCUGGUGCGAAAUUGCUCCGGGUACGGGCGACGACUCUGCGCCGGGUCACAUCGUGGAAAGCUUCCCGGAGUCGUUCAAGGAUGCGAAGGUUACCACCGACAUUCCUGCGUUUGCGUUUCCGUGUGCGUUUGAAAGCCGCACUAUCCAAGUCCACUCGUUCGUGCUGACCAACAUUGACUCGAAAUGGCGGUUCGGGUUCUGCCGGCACGAUCCGAAAUCACCCACAGCGAUGGUGAUUAUCACGUACCUUCCGUGGCACGAUACGUUCAUGCGCUUUCUGAACGUACUGGCCGAUAUCCGGAAGAACCGACCGAACGAGUUUGCGUCGUUUCUAGCCGAAUCGUACAACAAAGGCGUACCGGAACCGGGCGCCUGUCUGAAGCUACACUACGAUCGAGCGUCCCAAACGUUCCUAUUUCAAAGACCUCAACAGUUCCAGCUUCCCAGUAUUCCGGAGAAUCACAAUCUCAAUCAAUACUACAACUUUGUGGAACCAAAAUUCAUGAUAGGAAUAUUCGCCGCUAUGCUGGCAGAGCGGCGCAUCAUCUUUGUUUCGCGGCGGCUCGACAUCCUAUCGUCGUGCGUGCAGGCGGCGAACGCUUUCCUCUAUCCGAUGGUUUGGCAGCACAUCUUCAUACCGGUGCUGCCGAUGCAGAUGAAAGACAUACUGGCCGCACCGAUGCCGUUCCUGAUCGGCGUACCGGAGGCGGUGUACGAAACGUUACGGCGGGAGGAAAUUGGUGACGUCGUUAUACUGAACUGUGAUAAACGAACGCUGGAAACACCGUUCGACGAUGUGAAAAGCAUGCCCCAGGAGUUGGUGAGCUCGCUCAAGAAACAGCUCUCCAACCAGGCCGAUCAUCGGGGCGAUCGGGUUUCAAAGAUAUUUCUAGGUAUUCUAGUGCAAUUAAUUGGUGGAUAUCGGGAUGCUGUAAAGUUCAACGAUAAAAUUACCUUCGAUCCGGAAACGUUCAUCGAGUCCCGACCGUCACAUUUACGACCGUUUUUGGAUAAAAUGCUUGAUUUGCAGAUUUUCCAACAGUUUAUCGAAGAACGCUUGGAUAUGCUAAACACUGGUCAGGGAUUUUCGGACGAGUUCGAGGUGGAAUACUUCCGGUACGCGGAAAAAUCGGGCCGAAAGACGAAACAGUACAAGGAUUUGCUGAAGAACUUCAAGGAUAAGACUAAUCCAGCUGUACGUUCGGCCGUCAAAUCGGUCAAGGAAGGUGGCAAAGGUGUGAAGACUGCUUACAAGGGCUUACGGUCGAAAUUUCGUGAAACGACCCCACCGAAAACGAAGCUCGAUAGCAGCAGCAGUAUGCAUCUGCACCAUCAGUACGAUGUCGGUGGACACCAUCAGUCCGCGCCAAACUCGCCCGUCUUUAACAAGCGCCCGCAGACGAUCGCGCUACCGGACGAUGUUUACCAUACGCACAACCCGCACCAAAUGCUUACACCAUCGUCAACCUCGCUACACAACUCACCACAUAUCCUGCUGGGCAGCCACCAUCAUCAUAUGCAUCAGUCGCUACCGCAAAGCAAUGGGGGCGUCGGUGGUGGCAGUGCCGGUAACAGUAGCAGUGCCGGUUAUCAUAGCGCCUCGGCUGCGAUGACCCGCAGCGGUAGCAGUGCUGCUGGCAGCACAAGCCACAUGAACAACAACAAUCACAGCUAUGCCAACAGCAACAACAAUAACAACCAUAUGACUAGCAGCAGUGCGAGCGACAUACGCAGCCCAACGCUCAGUCCCACCAGCUCGAACUCAUCGUCGGAAAUGAACCUGUGGCAGGAGAUGCAGCAUCAUCUGACGCUGUUCAAAUCGCCCGCCGUGAAUCGGAAUCUCAAGCCAACGAACAGUGCGGAAGGCGGGAACUCCGGCAGUCGGCCAUCGUCCCGGGCGGGAGCACCGGUCAGUCCACCGGGUGGCAGUAGUAACGCUCUACCUCGCAUACAGGAGUCGGUGGCAGUUGGUGCGCAACCGCUGCUCAGCCUGGAGCUCGAUAAUGCGCGACAGCAGCACACCGGGCGGCCAUGCAAUAGCUGCAACAACAAUGGUAGCGGCGACUACCACAACGACGACGAUCAGACAAACUUCGAUCUCUCACCGGAUGCACCGUGUCCACCGAUACCGCCGAGGCGCUUCCAAUCGGCGGCCGACGCACUGGCCGCCAUUCAGAUUUCUCCCCCACCCAUGUCACCUCCGUCGUCUUCCUCGUCGAACUCAUCGCCCUAUCGUACCUACAAUAACUUCAUACCUUCCGUACCGAAGGCGAAGCCACCGAUUGCUGUUCCCUCCGGUACGGCUUCCCCGUCGACCAUCGAUCAAUCACCUCCCUUACCUUCCCCUCCGCCUCCACCGCCUUUGAAGGCGCAGGGCGACGCGUCCAUCCGGCGCAACGACAUCCUCCGGUUCGACGACGAGGAGGAGCAGCUGAUCACGCUUACCACGACCACGACGACGGUCGGUGGAUAUGCGGGUACGGCGACCACGACCACCACCAGCAUGUCCAUGACGUUCGGUCAGCCGGCGGUCCGCAGGCAUGAGCUCGAUCCCGCGUCCGAUAGCACAAUGCAUAGCAAUCACAUCCUACCGCCGCUGCUGCCCCAAACGCAACACCAGAAGCAACAACCGAUCGUACAAAGCGUAGCAGCAGCAACAGCAGGCAAACCGCCACCAUUGCAGCACGCCUAUACCUUGCCACAUCCACCGAAAGCGCAAGCGCCCCAGCCACCGCAACGGCCACCGCUUGCACCGAAGCCCACCUUCCGCAAAGAGUCUCAAAACGGUGACACACCCGAUUUCCCUGCGUCCACAUCCGGAGCUACCGCCGGAAGCACAACUCCACCGGUGAACGAAGAAUCCCUAGAUCUAAUCACGCUGGAUACCACCAACUCGAGCUUCGAGCUGGAGGACUUCGAUCCGCUCAAUGAGCGGGCCAAACCAAUCGGUACGGGUGGCCCGGCCGACACUUCGCAUGCGACCCCCCGCUCAGCACUAACACCCUCCAGCUAUUCGGCAGGCUUGGCAAAUGCAUCCGGCGUAACGAUGCCGACCGCAUCCUUUCCCUCGACCAGCCUGAGCGUUAAUAAUCCGGUCUAUCCUUACUUUACACCGCUUUACCAACAAAACGUCGCCGUGUCUUCGCACCCCGCUCAUCAUCAACCUCACCAACCACACAACCACCGGGCACUAGGGAUGGGAAGCGAUGGACAAUCACAACCACAGCGUUCGUAUAGCAGCGUCGGGGAACGCACCAACGCGUCCAACGGUGCUGGUACUGGUGCCAGUGCGCGGGAAAGUAAUGUCUCGGAUGAUUUCGAGCUGUUGCGAAACUAUGGUCUAGAUAAAUUCUCACUGCUGGACAGUGGUAGCACAAAGCCAACAACACUGCACAUUAACGGGAGCACUAGUAAAGCCGAUCAACAGAACACGACCAAUCGUCUUCAUAACGCGCAGGUUCCGAAUGGUGGCCGCCAGCUCGGUUGCAAUGGUAGCAAAUACCCGACGAUGGAUAGCAGCAACAGCGGCCAGACGAAACCAACCUUCAGCAACUGGACGACGUUCGAUUGA